CGCUCGUGGAUGGGAGGCGCGCCACCGGUCGGCUGAAAUAAGGGAAGAGGGAACGAGGCUGCGUUCACAUGUGGCGAGCCGUUCCCCACCCCCACCCCUUCAUUCUCAGAAUGAGUAAAGCGCGCCGCCGUUCCGGGUAAGGUGCGCGCUCGAGGGGCUGCGGUCCCAUUGACUGCUCCGUCUCCCUGACAGCGGCAGAGCCGCGGCGGCGCGCACGGACAGACUCCGCCUCGCUCGCUGUGAUCCAGCACCGAAAGGCCGAAGCCGAGAUCAGGCGGCGCAUCCGCGCUCCCCGGGCUUUGUGUGCGCUCCUGGUGGAGAGAUGCGCUGCCCGUGACUGGAGGUGGAGGGGAGAGGCGGACACGAGGGGGGUGGGGGGGCGAGAGAGAGAGAGCGGAGCAGAGGCGAACAGAAACAAAAGCACAGCUGUGGGUGCCCGCAACCAUGACAGGCUCGCGCCGCGCGGAGGAGCCGCGGCUCUGCCCGGGCACCGUGUCGUGAGGAGUGAGUGCCUUCUUCUCGUCGCUCGGGGUGUUUCUAUUUUUUUGGCACGAAGACGACACGCCAAGGAGGGAGUAAAAGAUGUCCGCCUCCGUGGGGCCCCAAGGCGGCCCUCGCCCACCCACCGCGCCGACCACCAUGCCCGAGCUGCCGGACCUCAGUCACCUCACGGAGGAAGAGAGGAAGAUCAUCAUGGCAGUGAUGGCUCGGCAGAAGGAGGAAGAGGAGAAAGAAGAAGCCAUGUUAAAAGCUGAAAAGCCCAUAGAAGCAAGAACUGUUCACCUUGUGGGAAAGAAACCACCUGAGCAAAAUGACAUCAGAAAACUGCACCAGCAGUUCGAGAGCUACAAGGAGCAGGUGCGGCGCAUCGGCGCGGAUACGCGGCGCCCCCAGGGCCAGCACAAGGACGACGCCCCCACCUGCGGGAUCUGCCGCAAGACCAAGUUCGCCGAUGGCUGCGGGCACCUAUGCUCCUACUGCCAGACCAAGUUCUGCGCCCGUUGCGGCGGCCGGGUCUCCCUACGCUCCAACAACGAGGACAAAGUGUGUCACAUAGUGAAGGACAGGGUGAUGUGGGUGUGCAACCUGUGCCGCAAGCAGCAGGAGAUUCUCACCAAGUCAGGGGAGUGGUUCUCCGGGCAGGGCGGUAAGCCGUUGGCGCUGGGCGCAGCUGUCAGUGACCCGGCCAUGUGCGGCGAAGCGCUGCGGGACAAGAAGGUGCGCUCUCGCUCUCAGAUCCCCAUCGGAUCUGCUUCCGGCUCCACCGGCGAGGCUCAGCCACCUGCCCCAGCAGAUCGCUCUACGGGACCAGACGCGGGGCAAGCCGGCGUGCCUGUGCUGCGCUCCCGGAGCGAGCCCCCCAGGGAAAAGAAACGGCCAGUGUCGCUCCAUGAACAGAACGGUAGGACAGGUUUGCGAGGGGAGAGACGGCGGGGGCCUGGCCUGCUGCUCUCCCAGGCGUCGGAGGACCGGGAUCUGGCUGAGCGGCGCCAGGGCCGGCGGCUGGAGAAGGUGCGCUCGCAGGACGAAGGCCCCGCCGAGCCCAGGGUCAGGCCACAGGGUAAAAGGCCCGAGGAUGAGCAGGAGCGUCAGCGACGGGAAGAGGAGUUUCAGACACGCUACCGCAGCGACCCCAACUUGGCGCGUUACCCGGUUAAGCCUCCACCCGAGGAGCAGCAGAUGCGCUUCCAAGCCGAGGUGUCCAAGGUCCGCCACGAAAGGCGCCACAGCGACGUGGCUAUCAAUGAGGUGGGGCUACCAGAGGGUGAGGCCACGGGCACAGGGGAGAGACCCAAAGGCCGGAUGGGCAGGGCUGAACGUAAGGCGUUGCUGGAGAACCAGCGUUCCUACUCAGUGGACAGGACCGCGGGGGGCGGUGGUGGUGGCAGCGGAGCUGGGACACAGGGUCCCCCUUCCACGGCAAGCCACGGCCCCCAGGCUGCCCCCGUGCUGCGGCCUGGCCCCGCAGGCCUCAGGGAACCCCAGGAGUGGGGCAGGAAGGGCCACCCAGAGCCCGGCUCAGCUGCCGUCCUUCGCAAUGCCAAGAGGGAGAAGGCAGAGAGCAUACCACGCAAUGACUCGCUGAGCUCCGAUCAGUCCGAAUCGUUGCGGCCUCCACCUCCCCGCCAUAAGCCCAAACGUGUGGGCAACAAGCGCCAGAUGUCUGUCAGCAGCUCCGAGGAAGAGGGUGGCUCCACACCGGAGUACACCAGCUGCGAGGACGUAGAGAUAGAGAGCGUCAGCGAGAAAGGUGAUUGGGACCCCACAUUGUGGCAUUCACGUCCACGCACCCGUCCUCUCCAGCAUCCCGUCACAUGGCAGCCGUCCAAGGAGGGUGAUCAUCUGAUUGGACGAAUCACUCUGAGUAAGAGGACUGCGAUGCCCAAGGAGGCUGGGUCCCUGCUGGGGCUCAAGGUAGUGGGAGGGAAGAUGACGGAAACAGGCCGGCUUGGCGCCUUCAUCACCAAAGUUAAGAAAGGAAGUCUCGCUGACGUUGUGGGCCACCUACGAGCAGGUGAUGAGGUCCUGCAAUGGAAUGGAAAGUCGCUGCCUGGAGCAACGAAGAAGGAGGUGUACAACAUCAUUUUGGAAUCCAAAUCGGAACCUCAAGUCGAAAUAGUGGUUUCAAGGCCAAUUGGAGAUAUACCAAGAAUUCCAGAAACAUCACAUCCUCCUUUAGAAUCUAGUUCAAGUUCCUUUGAGUCCCAGAAAAUGGAACGGCCCUCGAUAUCAAUCAUGUCCCCCACCAGCCCUGGGACACUGAGGGACCUACCUCAGGAGCUUCCUGGACAGCUCUCAGUAAAAUUAUGGUAUGAUAAAGUGGGCCACCAGCUGAUUGUCAACGUACUUCAAGCCAGAGACCUGCCUCCACGGCUGGACGGGCGACCCAGAAACCCAUACGUCAAAAUGUACUUCCUACCUGACAGGAGUGACAAGAGCAAGCGCAGGACUAAGACGGUGAAGAAAAGCCUAGAGCCCAAGUGGAACCAGACCUUCUUGUACUCACAUGUGCAUCGCAAGGACUUCCGGGAGCACAUGCUGGAGAUCACUGUGUGGGACCAGCCACGAGUGCAGGAAGAGGAGAGCGAAUUCCUCGGGGAGAUCCUGAUCGAGUUGGAGACUGCGCUGCUGGACGACAUGCCCCACUGGUACAAGCUGCAGACCCAUGACGUGUCCUCGCUACCUCUGCCCCAGCCCUCGCCCUACCUGCCUCGGAGGCACGUUCAUGGGGACAGCCCUAGCAAGAAGCUCCAGAGGUCACACCGCAUCAUUGACACAGAUUUUGAUGAUGCUAUUGCGGUAGUUACAACAGCAGCAGAGAGAAGCUCACGGGAGAAGGAGCGCACCCCCACGCUAACAGUGCCCGAGCAGCAGAGGACCCCACAGCUUCGCUCUCGCUCUGUCUCGCCGCACCGCGAUGACCAGGGCAGGGGCCGCUCUCGACCCCCCAACAUGCCCAUACAAAGGAGCCUGGAUGAGAUCCACCAGAACCGGCAGUCCCGGUCACCCGCACACUACCACGACCGGGGCCGGCAGGAGCCUGCCUCCCAGGACUCAGAUCAGGAGUACUCUGAGGACAGUGAGGCCUUCUCCAUGCGCAGAGCAAUCCGAGGUGGGAGUGCCGAAUGCCUGCACACCAACAGUGAUCUGCAGCCCUCUCUUGACAGGGUUAGAAGUGCUAGUACCAACUGUUUGAGACCAGAUACUAGUUUCCAUUCACCCGAACGAGAAAGAUGCACCCAGUCUCUGCCCCGCAAACGGCCCACCAGCCCCAGGAUAUUAAUCCAGCACCCCUCCCCCGAAGACGACAGCUGGAUGCUGGAGACCAUUGUCCCCACACAGGAGUCGGUGAACCACCUCAGUGCAAAGCCGGGGGCCCAGAGGCAGUCAAGAACUCUGGACAGGCCUAACUGUCAGACAGGCAUCAAGAAAUGCACUGACAGUGACAGAGCACACCCACAUGGCAGUCACACACGCUCCCCCCCAGCCGGAACCCCGCAGUCAGGCCGCAGGGCGAGACAGCUGCCCCAGGUCCCAGUGAAAAGCAGCAGCAUAGAGCAAGCUCUUGUGGUGGAGGAGCGAGCCCGACAGAUGCAGAGCAAGAUAUAUUCCUACAGGACAUCCACCACCUCCAGCUCCAGUCAGGACAUGGAUAUUGAGCUAAAGACGAAACGUGAGCUGUACAAGGAGCAGCGACGGAGUUGUGACAAUGUGUCUGCAAAGUCUUCGGACAGUGACAUCAGUGAUGUGUCAGCCAUCUCUCGUGCCAGCAGUGCCUCCAGACUAAGUAGCACAAGCUACAUGUCCAUACAGUCCGAGCGGCCCCGGGGACGCAUGAGCCGCCCGAUGCACCCAUCUAGCCGGAGCAUUUUGAAGAGCACCAGCGUGAGCGGGGAAAUCUAUUCGAACGAGCGCACCGACGGCAGUCAGUCAGACACGGCUCUGGGCACGCUGGGCUCCAGCAACAAGAAGCGGCGUUCGAGUUUCACUGCCCAUGUGGCUGCCUUCGUGGGCUCCCGCCGCAGCCGCAGCACCUCGCAGCUCAGCCAGACUGAGGCUGCCAACAAGAAGUCAAAGAGCCAGAUCCAGCGGAGCCAGGAGACGGGCAUGGCAGUGGAAUACCCACGCAAUGCCAUGCCGCGCCAGCCUAGUCGCGAGUCCACCAAUGGCAGCAUGAACAGCUACAGCUCGGAGGGGAAUUUGAUCUUCUCUGGGGUGCGACUGGGGGCUGACAGCCAGUUCAGUGACUUCCUGGAUGGCCUGGGCCCCGCGCAGCUAGUGGGCAGGCAAACCCUGGCCACACCUGCCAUAGGAGACAUCCAAAUUGGCAUGAUGGACAAGAAGGGGAAGCUGGAGGUGGAGGUCAUCAGGGCUCGUGGCCUCAUGCAAAAGCCAGGAUCCAAAUCCCUCCCUGCUCCAUAUGUCAAAGUCUAUUUACUGGAUAACGGAGCGUAUGUAGCCAAAAAGAAAACCAAGAUUGCACGGAAAACGCUCGAUCCAUUAUACCAGCAGGCACUGCUUUUCGAAGAGAGUCCGCAGGGUAAAGUACUACAGGUAAUCGUAUGGGGAGACUAUGGCCGGAUGGACCACAAAUGCUUCAUGGGAGUUGCGCAGAUCCUACUGGAGGAGCUGGACCUGUCCAGUACUGUCAUUGGCUGGUACAAGCUGUUCCCCCUGUCAUCGCUGGUGGACCCAACGCUGGCGUCCCUCACUCGACGGGCUUCCCAGUCAUCACUGGAAAGUUCAUCAGGACCUCCAGGGAUCAGAUCCUAGUGACCUAGAGGGUGAUUAGAGCAGAAAUGACUAACAGAAUAAAAAAAUUGACGCCUAGGAAAACAAUCAGAAGCAGACAGAGAAUCACGAUCAAAGCUUUGUUGGAGCCUGACAAUCACUCCUAUUUCUUUUUUUUUUCCCAAUGAAAUUUUCUCUUAGAUUUUUUCCUUUUCUGUGUUCCUUUAGUUUGGUUUUCUACGUAACUUUUCAACAAACAGGGCUGCUGAAAUAAACUGCCUUUACGAGAUAGAACAUCCACGUUCUCUGAAGCCGAAUAGGCCAGUUUCAGGGGAUUGGCGUCUGUGGACAGAGCGAUACGUCUGGAGUGGUGCGCUAAUGCAAGGUGGAGCAGCGGGAUCCGUCACUCCGGCACAGUGGUACUCCCCUGCCGUACACUGUUUGCAGAGCGACGUCCGUCCCCAGCUUCCACUUCUGCAUGUCUGUCACUCCUCCCUCCUGCACGCGGCAGGUCCCUGACCUCAGAAUUGUAACGCCGAUACCCGGUCCCGCGUAGACAGCGCCGACCCGACGCUGCUUCCACUUUUCUGCUGGAACGCCCCUGUCCGUCCUUUUAUCGCAGUUGCGCAUAUCUCUGCGCUACUCAUUCCUUUCUUCCCUCUCUCUCUCCCGCUCUCGCUCUCUUUCCUUUUCAUUUUGUAUACUGGAACACACGUUCAUAUUCUGAAUAAAAAGGAUUUACGUUUUCCGAUGUUUGCAUGGAAAGAAAAACAAAUAAAUAAAGGGGAACAAUAGAAAUGAAAGCAAUCUCUGCAAAUGACGCUGCAAACCGUUAGAAAAAAAGCAGCUUCUGUUUCAGUUCUGAUGCCAAUAUUCUGGUCACGCUGUUAUAUCCAUCGCGUCAUGAAUGAGUCCACUUUGAUCCUCUGUGUAUAGAUGUACAUUUGACCUCCAUCGGGGUUCUCCAGUAAGUGGGGUAUUAGUGUAUACUAGUGCGAGCUGUCGCCAGGGUGCCGUAGAUGUAAACACGACAGACCGCCCUCGCAAGAGCGAGACACAACAGAGCUCUUUCCUUGACCUCCGGGGAGAAACCCUGCACAUGUUCGACUUGUUAUCAGACUUCAGUUUACAUUCUUUGGAAGUUAAAGCAAGCACAAAAGCUUGAUUUCUUUUUUACUGCGAAACGCAACUUUUCGGGGGGAAAAAAGAAGAAAAAAGUAAAACGCCAAAAUGACAGUUAGCUUCUGUUCUGUAUCCAUAUCAUUCCUUCUUUACCUAGAUAUGGGAAAUAAUGAAUCAUAGGGAACCCCUCCCCAGAAACCUCCUUGUGCAUAUCUGUGAAUGUGACAGUAACCAUCCGAUAGGUCCAAGACACAGACAACUGUACUCACGCUCCGACAGACCACCUCCUCCUCCUCCUCCUCCUCCUCCGGCGCCACCCCCUCCGCUCCGUGCUAAGAGGGGCAUGGUGGUCAUCAGCAGGCUGGGGGAGCAGCAUGACUCUGGAACUGUUCCAAGCUGCAUGCACAUUUUGUAAAACAAAGCAGAUGAAAAAAAGAAGUAACUGAACUAGAUGUGUGUUAGUUCCACAUACUGUAGGCCAGCUUGUAUGUUGCAUGUACUUGUACAGUUUGCUCGUACUUAAUAUAAAAAGAGAUGAUAAAUCAACAAACCGAAGCCAUCCAUGUCGAGUGUAUAGACAUUUGGCUCAGCUCGAUCCAGACCACGUUUUCUCAUUCUGAUGCUGAAUGUCUACAGAACAUUUUUACUGCUCUUCUGUUCUUUUUUUCUAGCCAUUUUUUAAUGCUCUUCUCUUUAUAGUUUCCUACCCUUUUUGGGGGCAGCGCUGUGCUGUAGUGCCGUAGUGCUCAGCAAUCCCGGGCAUCCUCCCCUGUCCAUCUGACAUGUUGAUACAGUGCACACCGUGAUCUUACUGUUGUGGGGCUGAGACUCAAGUAGAAAAUGCGUAUAAAACAAAGUCAACGAUAUAUGGAUUAUAAUGAUAAUUAUUCAAUAAAUGUAUAAGUACAUAUAAAUGAUAUAUAAAUAUAUACAUAUAUAUUUAUAACAUACAGAAAACAAGCUGAUGCACACACUUCCAUGGCCACAUAUUGUAUUUCCGAAACGCGGCUGUCCAAGAGGCCAAACCGGUUUGCUAAGCGAGCCCUAGCUCGUAACAGGAGGCCUAAAGGCCUCAUCGCCUUUGUCCGACAACCCCCAAAACGCAGUGCUGGGUGACCAGAAAGCACCUUUCCGUUCAGUUGUCAGAAAGAACCCCCCGACCCACCCCCGGCACUCCUGUGCUUUUAACCCAACUUCCGACCCAUGCCAUGUAACAUAUUUAAUAAAGUUUUACUUUCCUUGUUCGGUGAGACUGAUUUCUUUACUUUGUCAGUAUUGCUGAAAAAUGCUGAUUGUUUACAAUCUAUGUGUUCCACUGAAAUAAUGAUAGAAAAGAAAAAGAGUAUUCACUGCGACAUUUCUUGUUUGUAUAACAGAUGUGGCUCAAAUGAUGUGUAUGUUUUAUAUUAAAAGAGUUCAUUUUUAUUAUUUACAAAUAAAAGACUGUGUGGAA